CUGUUUUGUUACAUUUUACACCCGUAAAGCUGCAUUAGAAGCGCAGAAUGCUCUCCACAACAUGAAGGUCCUCCCAGGGAUGCACCAUCCUAUACAGAUGAAGCCUGCUGACAGUGAGAAGAACAAUGCAGUGGAAGACAGGAAGCUGUUUAUUGGUAUGAUUUCCAAGAAAUGCACUGAAAAUGACAUCCGAGUCAUGUUCUCUUCAUUUGGACAGAUUGAGGAGUGCCGGAUAUUGCGGGGACCUGAUGGCCUGAGCCGAGGUUGUGCGUUUGUUACUUUUACAACAAGAGCCAUGGCACAGACGGCUAUCAAGGCAAUGCACCAAGCACAGACCAUGGAGGGUUGCUCAUCCCCCAUGGUGGUGAAAUUUGCAGACACACAGAAGGACAAAGAACAGAAAAGAAUGGCCCAGCAGCUCCAGCAGCAGAUGCAGCAAAUCAGCGCAGCAUCUGUGUGGGGAAACCUUGCUGGUCUAAAUACUCUUGGACCCCAGUAUUUAGCACUUUAUUUGCAGCUCCUUCAGCAGACUGCCUCCUCUGGGAACCUCAACACCCUGAGCAGCCUCCACCCAAUGGGAGGGUUAAAUGCAAUGCAGUUACAGAAUUUGGCAGCACUAGCUGCUGCAGCUAGCGCAGCACAGAACACACCAAGUGGUACCAAUGCUCUUACUACAUCCAGCAGUCCCCUCAGCGUACUCACCAGUUCAGGGUCCUCACCUAGCUCCAGCAGCAGCAACUCUGUCAACCCGAUAGCCUCCCUUGGAGCCCUGCAGACAUUAGCUGGAGCAACGGCUGGCCUCAACGUCAGCUCUCUGGCAGGGAUGGCUGCUUUGAAUGGCGGCCUGGGCAGCAGUGGCCUUUCCAAUGGCACCGGGAGCACCAUGGAGGCCCUCACUCAGGCCUACUCGGGGAUCCAGCAGUACGCUGCCGCGGCGCUCCCCACACUGUACAACCAGAAUCUGUUGACACAGCAGAGUAUCGGUGCUGCUGGAAGCCAGAAGGAAGGUCCGGAGGGCGCCAACCUGUUCAUCUACCACCUGCCCCAGGAGUUUGGAGAUCAGGACCUGUUGCAGAUGUUUAUGCCCUUUGGGAAUGUCGUGUCUGCCAAGGUUUUCAUAGACAAGCAGACAAACCUGAGCAAGUGUUUUGGUUUUGUAAGUUACGACAAUCCUGUCUCCGCUCAAGCUGCCAUCCAGUCCAUGAACGGCUUUCAGAUUGGCAUGAAGCGGCUUAAAGUGCAGCUCAAACGUUCGAAGAAUGACAGCAAGCCCUACUGAGCGUGCUCCCCUCUGAGACUGGAGUGAGAGGGUCUUCUGAUUCCUGCCGUUUGUUCAUCGUUGUGCCUAAAGCAUGUCGAUGUGGCGUCAAGUACAUCGUCCAAAUCCCUGUCUCUUCAGCUUCUCUGAUGCUUGAACUCUCACCUUUGACCUUGUGUUGACCUUUGAUGCUGACGUGUAUUUUUAUUAUGUUUGUUUCUUUCUUUGUUUUUUCUUUUUUCUUUCCUUUUAUUUUUUUCUUUUGUGCUGCCAAAUUGGUUUUGCUAGAACGACUGCUGAAGGGGAAAUAUUUAAACUUGCAUUUGAAUAUAAAAAAAAAAAUCUAUUUUUCUAGAACUUCAUAAGAUAACCACUUGAUUUUGUGAUUCCAAUUCUUUGUAACUGUCUUCAGAGCAGCCCUACUAGCACAGCCCCGUGGUGUUUGUAUUUCCGUGAACACAGCCGGUCCGUUUCUAGGCUUUGUUUCUCUGUGUGCAUAGUUUUAAAGACAACUUUGAAGUAAACAAUGAAAUAAAAGAUGUCACUCAAACCUUUGAGGCUCCUGAGCACAUUUUGCUGAUACAGUUUGUGGGGCUUGAGGAGACCGCAUGUGUUCUGAUUUUUGUUUUUCCAAGUUCUCAACUGCAGAAAACACCUGACCUCCCUUUCCUUGUUGACCGCAGGCUGCAGUCUGGGCCCCAGCCAGCCCUUUUCCUUUUUCUUUUUGGUUCUUCCCUGUGGGGAGCCUUUGGACCCCUCUUGCCCCAUCCCCUUGGCCCUGCCUGCAUCCCCCUCUACGCUUGUUCCUAACAGUCUCCACAGCAAAAUGUGAUGCUUUGAUGUUUUUUUUUUUUUUUUUUUGGUUUUGGUUUUAUGUUUUUUGUUUGAAUUUUUUCCUUUCCUACUAAGAUUAUGCCCAGAAAAAACAAGUUUUGCAUGUUUCCUGCUGUUCCCUCACACCUUCGUAUAUAUCACCUUCACCUCUCUGUUUUCUAUAGUUUGUGCAAAAACUGACCGAUUUAAAAGGGUUUCAAAGAAGUUGUUUUAAAUUGUUGUGGGGUUGAUUUUUUUUUCCUCCAAGAUUGUAUUGUUUGAUUUUGAAGUGGCAACUUUCUCCUCUGUUGCCCUUAGAGCAUUUGCCUGUGCACUUAGACUGUCACUUCGUGUGGCCUCCAGGCCUCCGUGGGGCUUCCAGGAGGCUGGCUGCUCUGCUCAGGAGGGCUGCGAAGGGGCGCAGAGACAGGAACCCAGAAGGUGGCUGUGGGUGGGCAGAAAGGCUUAGCACAUUAUGGGGAUGAGCACCCCUCGGCCCGGAGAAAGGCGGGUGCUCGUAGUCACUGCUAGGAGGCCAUCUGAGUGCUAAGCGGCAGUGUACCUGCUGGCACUUUUCCUCGGUGAAAAGCACAAUUCUGCAGUCUUCACACUGUUUACAGCCCUGGACACCAACCGCCCCACACUGGCUCUUCACCACAGCUCUGUUCUGGCUUAGCUAGUGGGGUGGGGGUGAAGAGGAAGAGUUGGUUUUUAAAUUGGGUGAAGAGCCAAAUAGCUACUGUCCGUGGGUACCAGGCAAGCCAGUUCCUUGGUUCCCUGAAGGGAGCUUGCCCUCCUCUCUCGUGGCACCAUCCAGCCUUAAGACCUUGGGAACUUAAGUAAGGAUGUAAAGGGCAGGGGGAGAGGCCAUUGGAGAUGAGAGCACGGGCGAGUCUGUGGAGGUGAGAGGUUGAGAGGGAGGCGUUGAUGACGUUCCCACCCAGACCUAAGCUGCUGGUGGUGGGAGAGCUAGGAAGCAGGAUGCCUGGUUGUCCGGGGAAGGAUGGAGAGGUGUGGCCGAGGGGAAGGAAGAAGCACUGCUUCGCGUCAUCUGGGCCGGCCUUGGUGAAGGAGGGGGUCCCGGGACAAUUCCUGCUCUGGGACCCAGCAGGUUGCCUAGGAUUAUGGUUGAGACCACUUCUAGUUGCAGGGUGUAGAGUAGCCUGCUCAGUUUCCUGGGAGGGGUGAUUGGAUGGAGAGAGGCCAGAACCCCCAGCCUGAGUGAGACUGCUGUGUGCCCCACAGUCUGACUGCACAGAGCCGCCUCUGUUGGCAGAAGGCGCGGAGGCUCCCCUUCCUGUGUAUUGAGGGUCCGUGUUUGCCAAUAUAUUUUGCUUUCAGUUCCAAGAGGAGCUCUGGGAAAACCUGUGGAUAAAACCAAAUGCCAAACGUUGGACACUGUUCCUUUUCCUUUUCUCUCUCUGAUUGUUUUACUUGUUCUGUGGUGGUUUUAAUGGAUUUGAGACCCUGGAGCGGCAGCUGCCUUUCUGAUUUCCAGCUGCUUUUUGUGAAUAAUUUAAAAAGAAAAAAAAAAAAAAGAAACUUUACAUUUUGAAGACAAACCUGUGUGAGUUUUUUAUUGGUACAAACGUUGUAUUUAACACUAGGGGUUUUGUACAGUUUUUUGCCUUUUCUACUAGAAAACAAUGUAAAGUGAUUUCACAAUGUGAAGAGAAAAAAAAAAAAUUGCCACUAUGACCAAACGCACAGUCUGUUCUACAGCGACAACGGGAUUCAAUCAACUCAAAGUCGUGAUUCAGCCGUAGAAACGCUUUCCCUUUCCCUCGUUUGAGCUUUUCCUUUCUUUCCUGUUUUGAUUUGCAAAAGAAAAUGUCUUUUUUUGUGUGAACUUGUGUUGUACUUUGUAGAAAAUUAUGGAUUUUACUUUAAUGGUUUAAAAAAGAAAAUAGCAAGAAGAGCCCUUGUCCAAGCUUUUCUGAUUGAUCACAGAGUUUGUGUAGUGGGUUAAAAAAAAUUGUUACAAGUUUGGAGCAAGGGGGUACGUGUUUAGAAGGAGUCGCCUUCCUUUUUGUGUGUUUCCCUUUUGUCCCAAUGGGGAACCUAAAUCUGUUUUAAUUGCACAGACACACGGACAAAAAAUCAUUUUGUAUCUGCCAAGUGUGGUACCUUCCUUUGUUUAUUUGCUAUUAAACUGUUUGAGAAGAA